AUGGCCGCCGUGCCACCCUUGCCACGGCCGCUUUGGCCACAGCCAUUCCGAUUUCUUCGGCGCCUCGUCGAGGAAAUGGUUGAUCAAGCCGUGAGCCGAGCACAACACCGCCAGGCUCUUGCUCGGGCACCCGUGGCCGAGCUUCGUGACUUUGGUUCGAGCUGCCGGCCUACCGACCCACCGCCCUCGCUACUGCCACCAUGCCCACUCGCUCACGCUUCAUCGGGAUACUCAUCCGUUGAUGACGUCCUCUGCUGCCCCUGCCCCUUCACUCUGGCUGGUGUGGCUGUAGGCUGGGAAACGCUAGCCGACACAAGCCCCGUACUGCUAUCCGUAGACGCCCCUAGUAGCACCCUGCUCGCCUUGGUCACCACGAGUCGCCCCGAUGAGACCGCCCCGCCUCCGACCUCCCUUGAGUUGGUGGCCUGGCGCUUUGAGCCCUCCAAUACCCGUCCGCGCCUCCUCGCCCGUGUGCCGUGGUCCUCAACAACCACCGCACACCAGCACCAUGGCCUAAGUCAUGUGUCCGUCAAUGCCGAGCCCGGGAGCGAACUCGUGCUCGCCAUCACGUCCUCCCUGGGCAUUUGGAUUGCCCGCCUCGCCACGCAGACGGGAGAGUUGGCGCGCUUUCCCUCACCGCUGACCCGCCUGAUCAUCGACGGUCGACUCAAUGACACUCAGUUUGUGCGCUGCCUCUUGGCCACACACGGAGCUGCCUUUGUGACUACUGGCGAAGACCGAGCUGCCUUUGCACCUGGACACCAAGAGCUGCAGCCCUGGAUCCAGAAGCAGCCGAAAGCCUCGCGGUUGGGCCCCACCAUGGCCAUUGUAGGACCCCUCCUGCCCAGUGGCACCUCCUGGCGGCCCGUCUUCACUCACCACCCACAAUUUGCUGCGGCCCAUCGUCCCGGCCACGGUCUCGUCAAGGUCUAUGAUCUUGCAGCUGGUCGCAUUCAAGACAUCCACGCUGGUGCCGCGGUCGUGGGUACGCUGCCAGACUUUGCGAUGGCUGCUAUUGUCUCGUCUCGCCUUGACGACCAACUCUCAUGA